AUGACAUCAGAGCACGCUGAGAUCCUACCCACACCCUCAAUCGGAGAGCCGACGUUACACACACCACGACACGCCGACUCUCCCACAUCGUCGUCAGACUCGAGCGCGAUCGCAAGUGAGGAUGAUACUAUGUCCGAUGCGAGGAUAUCACGACCCAAGAUAGGAAGCAGGAAAAGCAGCGGCACCAUGAUUGUCUCGCGUGAUUCGGCAACUACCGUGGUGGAUCCCGACUUCGACGAGAACGACGUACGGACAAUGUCGCCGCGACGAAACAGCGAGGAGGUCGACAAGCUGGGCGAGGAAGCGCGGAGGGACCUGAUAGAACAGGCCAAGGUGCUGCAGAUGAGCCUCCAAGCCAUUGUAGACCGCGUGGAGACGGUGAAGAGCGAACACGAAAAGCUCGAAGGAGGCAACAAGUUCCUGCAGUCAUAUAUCGGCGAGCUCAUGCAGACGUCCAAAAUCACUUCAUCGGCGCCCACGAAGAAGGGCAAGGGCCGGAGCGGCAAAUGA